UAAUUGUCCCUCUUUUGAAGCACAGUCCCAUCCCCCGGAAUCCUCGAAAACUCGCGAGUGAGCUUGAUUUGAUCAGCAUCGGCCCAAAGGCUCCGAGGCUCUGGCCCCAAAAGGGCUCUCGAGUUAGGAUCCCUUCAAAAUCACCUGCCACAUUCGGUAUCAUUCGAAAAGAGCGCGCAACCAACCGCCAAAAACCAUCGCUAACAUCAACCUCAUUCAUGGUGUUCUCUGCUUUGCCCUAAAUCCCGUCCAACAUUAUAAAGUGAGGCACUCUGACGUUGGCCAACGAUUCCCCGUUCAAUCGACGCAUCUGGCACAAUGACCGACUCUGCUGCUGCCAAACCCAAAAAGGUUUCCAAGCCUAAGGCUAAACCCACCCAUCCCCCCACAUCGGUGAUGGUGAUGGCAGCCAUCAAGGCCUUGAAGGAGCGCAACGGUUCGUCCCUGCCCGCCAUCAAGAAGUACAUCGCCGCCAACUACAAGGUAGAUGUGGUUAAGAACGCCCAUUUCAUCAAGAAGGCACUCAAGUCCUUGGUUGAGAAGAAAAAGCUCGUCCAAACCAAGGGUGCUGGCGCCUCUGGCUCGUUCAAGCUGGCCGCUGCGGCCAAGGUUGAGAAACCUAAGGCUGCUGCUAAGCCUAAGAAGGCCAAGACGCCCAAGAAGAAGGUGGUGGCUAAAAAGCCCGCUGGCGAGAAGAAAGCCAAGUCACCCAAGAAGAAGACUGCCGCUAAGAAGCCCGCCACGGCUACCGCCAAGCCUAAGAAGGCCAAGACUCCCAAGAAGAAGGCUGCCCCGGCCAAGAAGACAUCGGCCAAGAAAGUGAAUAAGACCUCGCCUAAAAAGAAGGCCGCCUCCAAGAAGAAAUAAAUUCUGUCCAUCGGUUCAGUAUCCGACGUUACAGUCAAUCCCAUCCGGUUCUUUUAAGAGCCAAAACACAAUUUCAUACAGACGACACAAAGAGCCACAAAGUAGCAUUUUAAUAGAGCUAACAAUUAUAAGCGAAGGGUUUUAAGUUCAUCGUAAUU